CAUAACUCCGUCACCAAACUUCAACCACCGCAACGCGCGCCCUGGAAUCUGUACACCGCUUACAAGUCCCCUGUACCCUGUCGCAAAAUCCCAACUCAACUCUCUUGUUAGAUUCCUGUCAACGAACUUGAUUACAACGAUUUCUGCAAGAACAUCUACUCAUACGGACGGCGCGAACACCCUUGCUUCAAAGUCGGCUGAUGGUCUUGCCCCCACGUCUCAUCUGAUCUCCUGAAACCAAACCUCGCCUGUCUGUCUUUCGCGGAAAAUACAGUACUACACAGGACAAACUUGGGAACAUCGAAUUUCAGAGAUUUCUUCAUGGACGACAAUGACGAAGCGCGCACCCGAUCGCAAUAACAACAACGACAACAACAACGUCUUCCUCUUUGUCAACAAGACCCAAAAGUCCAAAUCUCUGUCGAAAAGCGAUGGCGCCGUCGCCAAACAAAUCAACCGUCACGCCCAGCAUUUUCGGACUCGGAAGAUCGAGGCGCAAAGGGUCACUUCAGCCUUGACCAGUUCUUCUUCAGCCCGUCGCAUAGCUCUUGAUGGCUGGAAUCGGAGGGAUGCUCCUCAAAGUUCGAGCAGUGAUGAAGCAUCUCCAAACUCGACAUCUCCCACCGACAGUUCCGGGCCAUCGACAGCAACGCCCUUUCCGGCAACUCCUCAGACAAACGAAAGUCUGCUGGUUGACACGCCACGAAGUCAGCAGGCCCGACGCUCAUCCCAAAAACUUCCUCUGCACUUUAUUUUGGACAACGACAGGAUCGACACUUUCGAUGGCAACCAUGUCGCAUCAGAACCCGACCAAGACCACACACUAGAAUUGGUACCUCAAGUGUAUCGAGCUAAUUUCACUUCUUACGACUGUGUCGACCCUUUUCGAAGUACUCCGAUACGGAUCACUCCGAAAAUUCACGUUGUUCUUCAGUAUACCCUUCGAAUAUACCCUUAUUCCGGAAAUAACUACAAGCUGGCCUUUUUACCUCCUCAUGUGCGACUCGCCAUCACGCAGUUCCCCAUCGGGACCGUGGUCCAACGCAGCGUUUUCAAGGAACACCAUCUGUACGCCUUGAUGGCUGCGAUGACGGCUCGCAUGAAACAUGUCUUCGCAGUUUCACCUUCGGGAGACGAUCCCAACGAAAUCCGGGCCCUCGCCUCUCGUUACCUGAAGGAGGAGUUGACGCGCUGUUCACAGACCGGCGUCAUUGACAAACAGACCAUUCUCGACAUUCUGUACCUCGUGGUCAGCGAACUACAGUACAACCUCUACGAUGACGCGAGAAAACACCUCCUCAUCGUCGACCGGCUGUAUCAUCUCCUCGACCUGAAUCAGCACCUGGACAGGUGGAUCUCGGAGACGGCGGCUCACGUCGACAAUCAACUCGCCCUGUCCACGGCGACACGACCCAUCCUGAAGAGUUCUUUUGACCCGGGCCCGAUGUUGCCCGAACGAAUGGCGACACUCAGACGCACCGCCCAGAACCUGAGACACCAGACACUACCCAACCCCGUCAACCUCAUCAUUCCCAGCGGUUCCAAGGGAUCUUUCGGCCUGAACGACGCCAUGGCUGACGUCGCCUCCACGUUGGACGUCCGUAUGGGGUCCCGUUUCGCGAUCGGACUCAAGGCCGGGGCGUUUCCCGGACAGUUGGGCAUGAUCGUCUCGGAUCUGGUGGAUUGCAUCGAGAUCGCCAAGGUCGUCUGGCUGUCCCCCUUGGCCGUGUGUUUCGACGCGGAAUGGCUGUGCAGGAAGGCGAGGGCGGUGCUGAGGGCCCUGCUGGCCCUGGCCCCGGAGAACAACAUCGGUCCGGAUUCCAUCGGCAGCAGGUGCACCGAGUGCGCGAGGAUCUGUCUGAUGAUACUGAUGACGUACGCGUGCACGCUCAUCGGGCCUCAGGUGGUGAAUUUGAACGUCAAGCGGCACCUCGAGGCCCAGUCGGCCGCGUUGGAACACUGGUGUCCCGCCAUCGGGUGGACGCAAGAGUGUGAACCUCUGGUGCCGGGCACGCGCCUCCACCCGGCCUACGAGUUACAGGCCGGGUUUGUGCUGUGGUCGUGUUUACUGGCGUGUUGGACCUCGGAGGGUCUCCCGGAAGAGCAGGAGUGGUGUACGGUUCGAGCGGUGAACAUUGCCCGGUAUUUCGGAUAUUCGACCUACGAUGAUCUACACGACCAUAUGGCUCAGUAUCUAUAUUCGAGGACCAUGCAAGAGUCGAGCAUGAAGAAAGUGGCACAAAGACUGCAGACGGCGACGUCGCGAAAGUCUACAAUUUCGACCUCUGCCGGACCUUGAGGUUGAAUUCUCGUUUUCCUUUGGUCGGGACUACACCUGAUACCGAGUUCGCUUUUGGGAAGCGUCGUUUUGCACUCGGAACCCGGAACGCGUUUCGACCUUUUUUUUAACGACGAGUGUCCUGUACCGUUGCAGUAUGUCCUCCUCCACCACCACCACAUGCACAAGAUUGCUUAUAGCCUGCGUCUGAGAAGGUGUGCCUUUUUUUUCCAGGUUGCACAGAUUACAGCAUGAAGACAGAAAAUCUUUCGGCCGAAUUAUUGUCCCGUUGUCCGGACUGUCAGCAUCCAAGGUGAUGGCGGAAAGCCGGGAAGGGCCCGAUUUCUGCCGACACAAUCUGAUAAGAUGAACGGGGCCGGCAAAAGUCGAGUCGUUAUGUACUCCGUAUAUGGAUCACACCUGCGUCCUUCCAGAUCAUCGUUGGGACCGAAACUCUGAUGUUGACGUUGUUGUGUUUCGGCCGAGUGACAUGUCGAUAUACGGUCGCCUCGGUCGCCGACGAAAUGAGGUCGGCCAAGUCAUCGGUCCGUCCUCGGAAAUUUGCACGACUUGGAAAGAAGCAACAGACAAUACUCGUUCGUCGAACGUGUCCAUGGGAUAACAUCAUUGGUUUGUGAAAUGUUUGGGAUUGAGAGGAGUCACGAAAGAGGAAAACCAAAAAGGCGAGCCUCGUGUGGGUAACAGAAGGAAACAUUCAACGAUGGAGUGAAGAGAAAGGAAGGAAAUACCGUCCCUGGGAAGUGUGUGAUGAGUAAGGAGGUUCGAGCGCCCGGGCACUGAAUCUGAGGCCAACAACACCGUCCAGCAAGUCAAGAAAGGCCAUUCGAAUCGAGAAGGGGCAUGUAACUGAGAAAAGCACCACAGGUCCCCAGUCCCAGUAUCAGCGAGUAGGUGUAGAGAGAGAGGGUGGCGAUACUAGCCGCGCCCGACAAAGAAGGGACCGAUAUCUUAUGUAUUUGGCUAUUUGAGGGAACCUUUUGUUUGUAUCCCUUGUGUUUGUAGGAAACGUGAGAUGUGAAAUGUGAAA